AUGGAUUUCUCAUACAACAACGUCGUCCCAAACUUCAGAGCUGACGGUAAAUUGGUCGUCAUUACCGGUGGUUCCGGUGGUAUGGCUUCUUAUAUCUCCAGAGCUUUCCUUGCCCAGGGUGCCGAUGUGGCCCUUGUGGACAUCAACCUUGAGAGAACCAAGGCUGCCGCUAAGGAGGUCUUGGCCUGGGGCCAGGAGACCUUGAAGGGCGAGCACGAGACCCCUGUUGGCGAGGUGUCUGCUUGGUCUUGUAACAUUGGUGACGCUGAGAACGUGGCCGCUACCUUCGCCGAGAUCAACGAACACCACAACAACGUUGCUGAUGUUCUCGUCAACACCGCCGGUUACUGCGAGAACUUCCCAGCUGAGGAGUACCCAGCCAGCAACGCUGAGGGUAUCAUGCGUGUCAACGGUUUGGGUGCUUUCUACGUUGCCCAGGCUUUUGCUAAGCCAUUGAUUGAGGCCAACAAGCGUGGUUCUCUUGUCAUGAUCGGCUCCAUGUCCGGCACCAUUGUCAACGACCCACAGCCACAGGCCAUGUACAACAUGGCCAAGGCCGGUGUCAUCCACUUGGUGAGAUCGUUGGCUUGUGAGUGGGCCAAGUACAACAUCCGUGUUAACACCGUCUCGCCCGGCUACAUUCUCACGCCUUUGACCAAGAACGUUAUCGCUGGUCACUCUGAGAUGAAGGACGCUUGGGAGAGCAAGAUCCCAUUGCACAGAAUGGCCGACCCUAAGGAGUUUGUCGGCUCCAUUCUUUACUUGGCCUCCGAGUCGGCCUCCUCCUACACUACGGGCCACAACUUGGUUGUGGACGGCGGCUACGAGUGCUGGUAA